CAACUGGCGGCGAUAAUAAGAGCCUUGAAGGUGAUAGUGGGUCUUAGUACAGUAAUUGUACGUAGUGACUUGCCGUGCAUCGACGAGCCUCCUCCAUGGCUUACGGCCACAUCCUCCGAGCAUGGCUACUCUGCCUUGUGUGUGCAAGUCACCUGCUUGCCGCCAUCCCCACCAGAUACAGUCAAGUUACGGCGUCUCCUGCCGCAGAACCGGUCUCUUUUGCAUCACCUUCCUCUGAUGGUGACCUCGCUGUUGCCAUCGACACUCAUCUGGCAGCCACCGCUCAGCUACAAGGUGACUGGGAAACUCUGAGUGGUUUCGAAAGGUACCUGGCUGGGUUAAGACGUCUCUCUGAGACUGUCCAAGGCAUGGGGCAUGACUGGGAAGCUCUAGAACAAGUUUUAUCCUCUGUACCUGGACAGCAUGGACAUGAAACCGAUUUCCGUGACCAAGUACAGAAAUUGUUUGCCUUCGCUGGAACCACAGAGCGACUCAUUCGUGAAAUUAUGCACAAAUACUCUGACGAUGGUGCAGUGAAAAUGCGGAGCGAUGGAGGAGCACAGGAUCUUGUUAUGGAUUCCAUUGGUACAGAAGCAACGUCUUCCAGGAGUGUCCGCGCGGCUCUCACAACAACUGUCACUGACCUGUUGAGACUUUUUGAGCAAUACUUUGGUCGCCAGACGGUCAACGACGAGAAAGUUAGCGAAGAAGAGGGCAGGGAGAAGGAAGAGGAGGACAGCUUACAGAUUCUAGUGGACACACUCGAGGCCGUGGCUGAGGCCCACACUAACUAUACUGCUGCCAUCAGUGAGGUGAGAUCAUCCGCCAUGGCAAACUCCUCCACGGGUCAUGGAGACAAAAUAUCCGACUCCUCGUCAUUACCACAACAUUCUUCGAGUUCUGCCAGCCCUCAGGGAGACUCUACUGAUGCCACAAACACCACCACCCUUCCUGCUGCAGCGUGGCGCCCGCUGGAAUGGCACGAGAAUCAGAGAGGACUCCUGCAGGUGGCGGCGCAGCUGAGAGCACUUUUGAGUGGCAACGGAGGUGAUACUGUGCCGCGCCCCACCACAAAUGCUGAAACUCUUUCCACCAAUCCCUUCACCACCACCACCACCACUGCCAUCCCCAUCACCACCACCACCACCACAACCGAAAAAGAACGUGAAAAGCCCUGCCUGCCACCCUUCGAGCAGAUCGCUUACCGAAUGUGUAUCCUUCAGGAGAUGCAACUCAAACUUUCAUGGAGUGACGCUCAAGAAUUCUGCAGGGAACGCGGGGCAGAACUUGCGCAAGACAUGACGGUCAUCAAGACACGCAGGUUCCUGAAUGACAUGUACGGGGAAGACGGCACACGCAGCAGAUGGCCAGUGUGGGUCGGAGGGCGAAGGGCAGGAGAGCAACAGACGUGGAGAUGGUCAGGCUUUGCAGGGGAUUUAGAAGUGCCCUCCUUCAUGUGGGCACCUGGUGAGCCUCGCGCCUACAGCAGUGAUCUGAUGCCGGAGGGGGUGUGCAUGAUUCUCGACGGAUACAGACGCUUUCAUGGAGCCAGUCUGCCGUGCCAUCUGCGGCGAAGGUUCGUCUGUGAGUUACGGAACUGAGGCAUUGUGAGGCUGGCGACGCAUGAUGGCAGAAGACCAUUAAUCCAUUCGCUGGUGUGGAUCCGCACGUGUGUCAGUGACUGUAGAUGUGAAGAAUCAGUCAUGCUUAUCUGUAAGGAUAUCAUCUCUUUCCUUGACGUAUAUGUAACAGCUGUAACAUUACUGUCAAAUGUGUUCAUCUGCCCAAGAUCAGGUCAGGUCAGGUCUCUCUCUCUUUCUCGGAAUUCAUCAGUUUGGAAAAUAGUAUUAUAUAAUUCAUUCUUUUAACCAGAUAUUUCUGUCUAAAGGUAGUUUGGAAUAUGCUGUAGAUUGGCGACUGAAGAUUAAUAUAUUCCCUGCAUAAGGAUUACAUAACUACUAGGAUCAGAUGGCAGUCUAAGAAACUGCCGGAAAAAAAAGGGAUACAGCUCGUAACUUUUCUAUGAGCUGAGCACAUUAUGUAGUACGUACCACAAAAUCAUCCUCCCUCACGUCUUAAUGGAACCUUUGAUAUUUAAUCGGCAGCAGAUAUUUUCAGAACGUAGGUGUGAAAACUACUAGCUUUGAUUCUGAAUUUCAGGGGCCUUACUUUACUAAGCCACCGAACACCAAUUCUUAAUAUAGCCAUCACUGUCCUCCGUGCUCGCUGUUAUCACCAGUAGCAGAGCAAAUUUCUCAGCUGUUUUGUGAAGUGGUCGGCUGCUGCCUUGUAGAUUAGCACGGCCAUUCUUAUUGGGGUGCGGGAGAGGGAUGGAGAUCUUGGACACAGGCACCAAUGUUUUAUAAAACUAUAAAUAAUGGUUCUAUGUUCAUAACAGAAAGGACACACUUCCUCCCAGGUUUCUUUUUUUAAAUCUUAAAAUGCAGUCAUAAAAUUUCUGGCACUGGAUGGUACAGGGUACUGAAACUUUGGUGCUAAUAGAUGUUUUAAUUUACACUGACUGAGUAUCUAAACCUAAUAAAUCAAUAUAAAGCUAAA